AUAGUUUGCCACCACUUUUUCUUACAAUAAUUUUUGUUUACUGCUGCUGUGGAAUUUUCUCUUGGUUAUUUAGUAGUUACCAAUGUUUUAUUAUUCAAAGUGAAUAUUUUAAAACAAAUAAAAAAUCAUGAUUUGCCGUUUGUGCCUCAAAGAUAUUACCGAGGUAAUUAACAUUUUCGACGAAAGAGGCGUUGAACUUAAUGUGGCUGCAGUGCUUGCUAAAUACUUUUGGUUUGAGCCCAGGAGCGACGAUCCAAUCUCAACAGCAAUAUGUAACUCUUGUUGGAUCAGUGUAUCUAGUUUCAAUGAAUUCUAUUUAAUAGUGGAAGAGGCUCACCGACUCUUAACAGAACGCUUUUCAUUGAAAAGCGAGGUACAGCCAAAGUGCCGCAAGCGACGUUGUUAUUCGAUAACCGACGCGCCGGCAGCCAACGAGUGGCUGCAUGCAAGUUUACCGAGCACGACAUCCAAAAAAGAGUUCGGUAUAGAACAGGAAACAAUAGAUGAUUCUUCUCGAGAUAAACAAACACCAGAUGAAAAAAGCUGCGAAGACUUAAAAUUGCUCAAAAGUGAAAUAUCUUCGCAUGAAGAUGAGAGCUCCAUGAUAAUUGAAUCAUUUAUAGACGAAAUGUUGGAAUUGGAAGAAGACGAAGCAGAUGCCCUUGCUUUGCCAGAUGAAAGUAAACUACAUUCCACCCGCUCUAAUACAAAAAAGGACAACAAACUCGACAAAUGUAGCUCAGAUACUGACGCGAAAAAUGAUGUUGACGAGGUAAAGCCGAAUGUUAACAAUUCUGUUGGAAAUAAGAAGCGUCGUGGGCGACCACCAACAAUUAAAAAGCAAAACGCAGACGACGAAACGCCUAAAAAAGAGAAAUCGAAAACUAAGAGGAUUACAAAUAAAGCGGACGAUUCCCAACAGGAAAGCUAUGAAGAACGUAUGCGACAAAUAGAUGAAAAAAUUGCGCAAUGCAUACGUUUAACGUGCGAAAAAUGUGGAGAUGAGCAGACAACGUUUUGCCAUUUGCGCAAGCAUAUGGAAAAAGUGCAUCAAUGCAAAGGAUACAUAACCUGUUGUAAUAAGAAGUUUAGCAAGCGAUCACUGCUUGUAGGACAUAUAGAAAAACAUAUUAAUCCGGAUUGUUACAAAUGCGAGGUAUGUGACAAAUCGUUUGCCGACAAACAAUGUAUGCGAAAUCAUUUUCUAAUCAAACAUCAGCCUGAAGAGGAGAAACAGUAUAAAUGCGAACAUUGUCCCAAGCGAUUUGCGCGCCCUUAUAUUCUCGAACAGCACCGUAUUAUUCAUGAAGAACGAAAACAUAUUUGCAACGUCUGCCAAAAGGGCUUUGCUACCGGUAAUUUGCUAAACACACAUAUGAAAACAAUGCAUUCGACGUACGGCGCCACUAUGUGUGAUGUUUGCGCGAAGGUUAUUCGUGGUCGCACUGCAUUUGCCCGACACCAACUUGAACACUCUGGUGUUGUGCUGCCGAAGGUGCAAUGUGAUAAAUGUGGCUCCUGGCACAAAGAUAAGUAUAGUUUGCAGAAACAUAAACGACGUCAUAACGACGAUGGCACAAUAUACGUCUGCAAAAUGUGCGGUAAGAAGGCACCAAAUCGUAGCGCACUCCUUAGUCAUCAGCGUUACGUUCAUACAUCAGCGCGUGAUUUCGAGUGUAAUGUUUGCAGUAAAGCUUUCAAAAAAGCCAUAACUUUAAAGGAGCACAUGGCGAUGCAUACUGGCGAGGUGUUAUAUAAUUGUCCAUAUUGUCCAAAGACAUUCAAUUCUAAUGCAAAUAUGCAUUCACAUCGAAAAAAAAUACAUCCAAAAGAGUUUGAAGAGGCGCGCAAACAGCGUCGGGAAAACGCUUCCAAACCUGAUGUUCCCGACGAACGAAAGAAAAAAACAGUAGGAACGGCGUUAGAGCAAAGCAAACCUAAUGAAUAUACCCAUAAUUGCAGUGAUGAUGAUUCCACACCGCAAGUAAUUCUCAUUAAAUCGGACGACGGACGUGAAACCAAUAUAUUGGUGACAACAGGAGAGGAUUUCAGUGACAACGACGGAGAAGUGAAUCUCGAUGGAGAUAGCAUAGUUUUCACUAUUAAUUAAAACAAAUACAUUGUUAGACACUGAAUUUCAUUCCCAUUUAGGCUUCGAUGAUUAUUUUGAAUACAUGUAUGAAAUAAC